GUCAGAACAAUGAACACUGCAAUAGGGAACAAAGAUGCCAGUUUGAACGUAAUUACCGCAUCGGGUGUCACGGUCUCUGCAAGUCGGAUAAAUCCGUCACUAAAGAAGAACAAUGGAAACAAUGAGAAUGUAAAAUCAAACGACCAACAGUUACCAAAGAAUUCAUCGAUCGUACCCGCGAAUCAGCAAUCCAGCUCUAAAUUCGGUAGUGUAAGAAGUGUUACCGCGGCCUGCGUGACCGGUAACGUUUCCCACGAGAGUGUAUCCAAGUCCAAAGAUUACACCGCUAAAAAGUUCUCCACCGAAAUUGACUCUAAAGUGAAGAAUUAUCAGAUACAACAACCCGAUUAUAAAGAGUCGUCGUCGUCGUCCUUGAACAAUCAAUAUUACAAAACCAGGAAUAGCACGGCUAUGAACAAUUUAUCAUCGAGGUUUGUAAAUCAGACGUCGGUUUCGUUGCACCGGGAGAACCAAGCGACCACCGGCGCGCAUCAUUCCCGACCGACAUCCCAGAACGAUAAUACAGCGUUUGCCGUGGCUAGAAAAGCUUUGGAACAGCAAAAUCCUGCAUCGAAAAUGGCGCCGAUCAAUUUUCCACCGUUGCGCGCGCCCCAGAGCAUCGUGAACGUCCGUCAUCCGUUCGUGACGGAGGCGAGAACGAAACACAACGAGAUCGGUGGGUCCAGUUCGAAAACGAAAUUAAACAUGGGCAGUUCGUUGCAGGGCGGUGUCAAAGAUCUCGAUCAUGCUCGACGAACGUUUCACAGUUACGGCACGUCGCAGAUCGCCGGUAUACCGAACGUUCCGAGUUUGAGCAACGUCACGGCGAGCAUGUCGCCGUAUUCGAGACCGGAUAGCUUUCCUCAACCGACGGUUGCUAGUGUCCUGUUUCCCGACACCUCGCAGUUCCCUCAAUCGCCGCCUUUCAGUACGACGCAGAUCGGACAGCUGAAUCAAUAUCAGACCUACGAUCCCGGCAGUUUCGCGACAACACCGGUGAACGUGAAUCCGGUGAUACCUCAGUUCUCCGCGGAGAGUUCGAUCCCGUAUCCGCAAUACGACAAUCCUCCUCAGUUCGUGCAACCGAAUCAUUAUCCGACUGCGGACAUAGCGAACAGUCAGUAUCAAUAUCAAGCGGCUGGCGUGGGACAGCUACAGGACUCGCCGAUGUUCAUACAAAGCCUACAGAGUCCGAUCGCUGUGACGGAUCAGUAUGCCGCACCGAAUUACGCCAGAGCUGUUAGAACAGAAUUGAUACCGCGAUUGAGGAGGCCGCCGAGAUUUAACAAGUAAAAAUGAUUUCUUUUUCUUUCUUUUUUUUUUUUUAUUGUAACGUACCGCUAAAUAGAAAUAUUAAGCAUCAAGUGGAGAAAGCGCGAUGAAGAAGAAUGGAGUUCUAUCCACGAUCGACAGAUAGCGCCCCUCGUGUAUCUGCAAGUUUGCCAAUUUUGAUUAAAAUUCGUGGUUGGGCGCAGCGAGAAAGAUCUGGUGGAAGUUAUUUCAAUUUUUGAUCCAUUUUGAAAUAAAUUUUAACCAGUCUAUAUACGUGUGCUUGUUCGUGGGCGUGCAGAGUGUUGAAGGAAACGGGGUAGAUUGGUAUCUUUGGCAAAAUUGCUUGGAUGCACGUGUCCGUGAGGGUUGAUAUUAGCUGUUUUAAAUGUAUUGUCUGAAAACGGUUUUCUAUUGUAUAUGUAUACACGUACAUACAAAAGAAGACAUAUACACACAUACAUACACAGGACACAGAGGAACAAAGAGAAAGAAUCAUUUUUGACUUGUUUCCGUCGUUCAACGUGACAUGGCAGGGCAUAGUGUGUUGAUCUCGAUUAUAAUUUCGAUGACGUCAUAUGUCUACAUCGUUAAAACGUGAAGGGGAAAAAAGUGAAAAAAAAAAAGAGAAUAGAUGAGAAAAAAGAGGUGGGUGCAUCCAGUGUCUUAAAUUGUACAUAAAUUAUGACUGCUGCUAAGAAUAGUCUAGUUUCUAUAAAUAGAACGUUGCGAUGUGAUGAAUCCCGGGAGGACAAAUUUGUUUUUCGUCGAGACCGAUCGCGUGGCCAAUUCGUUAGGAAACGAAGCAUAGGCUGCAGUCGUAUGACCACGUAAAAAUAAAAACAAAAAAAAGCAGAAGAAAGAAAGACGAUAAGAUCCACACACGAAACUCGUGAGGUAAUAAGAGAAAGAGAAGGCAGUGCAACUGGAUUAUAAAUUACGUUACGAUAAGUCCUAGUCUUAACGAAUGAUAACUUACAAGCUAUACUUUGCAUAGAAUUAGUGGAGGUUUUCCAAUAUUUGCAUAUUACUUAGCUUACCGCUAUGUUUUUAACGUGCUUCACUAUCUAUAUAUGGGUACGGCGGCGUAACGAUGUUCAUUGUGACGGCGAUCUGGACGAAGGGAGGGUGACAAGUCUUCUCGAAACGGAGAAAGAAAACAGAAAAAAAAGAGAAUACCGAAACGGUACCGAACGUGUAUACAGUCCGAUUCGCUUAAUUUGAACAUCGUGUCACCGACCGUGUAAGUGUUAUGCACACACAAGCGCCCAGAGGACGUAGCUAUUUCGGCGAUCCGUGUAUAAGAAACGACGAUCGCGAUAAUGGUAACGAUAGUUUACGAUAGUUUCGGUGGUGUAUGUUUUUCCUUUAGUAUACAGCAGCUCAUUAAACUCAUAUAGCAUUGUAUUAACUGAUACGCGUAAGGUUAGUCGUUAAGGAUUCAAUUAAAGAUUAAGUACACAUCUCGUAUAGCCAAGGGUGUAUAUACUCGUGUGUAUUGAAUUUUGAAUUGCCUACGUGCGUCGACCUCAUCCGGCAUUUGAGACAUUUAUACUAAAUGAAAAAGGUAAUCACAUUCGCGUGGGUCACACGCGAAACGAUGGAGAUGGAAGGGAAACGCGUUGCCCAGAAUCGGACCGUGGAUCAUAUGCUGCGUACCUGUGAGCGGGGCUGUAAUGGAUCAUCGGAGGGAUUUGAAGCAGCACGCAAAAAGGAACGAUAUCACGAAGAAAUGAAGAAUUGGACCCAGAAUUACCGCGUUCGUCGUAAUAUCAGUGAACGAGCACAUUGAUUCUUCUUUACUGAACUGUAGUACUCCCUUGUUAAACAGGGUGAGGCACCUGAAACAGGCUACCUGAAUAUCUCGGGUAUUACUGGUGAUAGAAAAACAUGUGUAGUUUUAUGUGAAUAGUUUUUUGAUAGGUGGAUGCGUAGAGGUCAUAUGAAGGUCAACUUCGGUUAUCCAA